UUUCAAGUCUCUUUCAGUUAUCAAAACAUGUCUUAGUUGUGUCAGUCAAUUUCUCACUCCCAACUCUCUCUCAGUCUACGCCAAAUCAACCACCGGAAAAAUGCUGCGCCACCGCUACAGCCUCUGCUUUCUCCUCCUUGUUCUUUUCUCUCCGCCCCUCAUUCUCUGUCUGAACCAAGAAGGCUUGUAUCUCCUGCGAGCCAAGGUCGGCUUCGACGACCCAAACGGGGUCUUCUCCGGCUGGAACCCUGGUGACGAUACGCCUUGCAAGUGGAAUGGCGUCGUCUGCGAUUCUGCCACCGGCUCUGUUGUGUCGCUGGACCUAUCCAGCUCCAACCUCUCCGGCCCCUUCCCUUCCAUUCUCUGCCGCCUCAAAAGCUUGUCUUUCAUUUCUCUCUAUGACAACUUCAUCAACUCUACUCUUGUGGAAGACGAGCUCGCCCUGUGCCAGUCCUUGGAGCAUCUCGAUUUGGCGCAGAACUACUUGACCGGUGAGCUUCCCCGCAGGCUAGCGGAUCUUCCCAACUUGAAGUACCUCGAUUUAACUGGAAAUAACUUUUCCGGAGUCAUCCCCGACAGUUUCGGAACGUUUCAGAAACUUGAGGUGCUGGCUUUAGUGGAGAAUUUGCUGGAAGGAACCGUCCCGGCAUUUCUUGGGAACGUUUCGACGCUGAAGCAGUUGAAUCUCUCUUACAACCCGUUUUCUCCGGGUCGGAUUCCACCGGCGCUGGGAAACCUUACCAAUCUUGAGGUGUUGUGGCUGACCGAGACUAACUUGGUGGGUGAGAUACCUACCUCACUAGGUCGACUCGCUAAGCUCACUGAUCUCGACCUGGCAUACAACUCGUUAACCGGUCAAAUCCCGAGUUCGCUCACUGAGCUGACAAGCGCAGUUCAGGUGGAGCUGUAUAACAACUCGUUGACUGGUGAGAUACCGAGCAAGGGGUGGGCAAACAUGACAUCAUUGAGGCGGCUCGACGCGUCGAUGAACGAGUUGACUGGGACGAUACCCGCUGAGUUGUGCGAGUUGCCGCUCGAGUCACUUAAUCUUUACGAGAAUAACCUGCGAGGUGAAUUACCGGAUGGCAUUGCCAAAUCUCCGAAUUUAUAUGAAUUAAGACUUUUCCAGAAUCAAUUAUCCGGAGAGCUACCUCCAAAUCUCGGCAAAAGCUCGCCUUUGCGGUGGGUUGAUGUUUCGACCAAUAAGUUUUCGGGUCAAAUACCGGAAAAUCUGUGUGCCAAUGGGGCUCUUGAAGAGCUGUUAUUGAUUGAAAAUUCAUUUUCCGGCGAAAUCCCGGCGACUCUAGCAGAAUGCCGGAGCUUGUUGCGGGUGAGGUUGGGGCGGAACAGCUUUUCCGGUGAGGUGCCGGCGGGAUUUUGGGGGCUUCCACAUGUUUCAUUAUUUGAGCUCGCUGGCAAUUCAUUCUCUGGCGGAAUUGCGAAAACUAUAGCCGGCGCUUCGAAUUUAUCUCAGUUGAUUUUGUCCUCGAACAAAUUUUCAGGCAGUGUACCAGAAGAGAUCGGGUUCUUGGAUAGUUUGCUGGAAAUUUCUGUUAACGAUAAUAUAUUAUCAGGGUCCUUACCAAGUAGUAUUGUGAAUCUUGGACAAUUAGUGAAGCUUGAUCUUCAUAAUAAUGAGUUAUCUGGUAAAAUCCCAAGUGGGAUUCAUUCUUGGAAGAAGCUAAAUGAGCUGAAUUUGGCAAAUAAUGAAUUUUCAGGGGAUAUUCCGGAUGAAAUUGGGGAUUUAGCUGUUCUAAAUUAUCUCGAUCUAUCAGGAAAUCGGUUCUCUGGUAAAAUUCCAGUUGGGUUGCAGAACCUGAAGCUUAGUCGGCUCAAUUUGUCAAAUAAUCAUCUCUCUGGUGAUAUACCACCAUUGUAUGCCAAGGAAAUGUAUAAAGAUAGCUUUUUUGGAAAUCCAGGACUCUGUGGUGAUAUUGAGGGUUUGUGUGAUGGAAGAGGUGGAGUCAAGAACAUGGACUAUGCCUGGUUUUUGAGAUCAAUUUUUAUCCUUGCCGCGAUGGUGCUUAUUGUUGGUGUGAUUUGGUUCUACUUGAAGUACAGGAAAUUUAAUAAGGCCAAAAGGUCAAUUGAUAGAUCAAAAUGGACACUGAUGUCGUUCCACAAAUUGGGAUUCAGUGAGGAUGAGAUAUUGGAUGCUUUGGAUGAGGACAACGUGAUUGGAAGUGGGUCAUCUGGCAAAGUUUACAAGGUGGUUUUAAGCAAUGGUGAGGCAGUCGCAGUGAAAAAGCUCUGGGGCCGUACAAAAUCGGCAGAUGAGAGCAGUGAUGUGGAGAAGGGCAACCUUCAAGAUCAUGGUUUUGAUGCUGAGGUUGAGACCUUAGGGAAAAUCAGGCACAAGAAUAUUGUUAAGUUAUGGUGUUGUUGUACCACAAGAGACUGUAAGCUUCUGGUUUAUGAGUACAUGCCUAACGGUAGUCUGGGCGAUCUGCUUCACAGCACAAAAAGCGGCUUGUUGGAUUGGCCGAUCAGGUUUAAGGUAGCGCUGGAUGCAGCUGAGGGACUCUCCUACUUGCAUCAUGAUUGUGCACCUCCAAUUGUUCACAGAGAUGUGAAGUCGAAUAAUAUAUUAUUGGAUGCAGACUAUGGUGCUCGAGUUGCAGAUUUUGGUGUGGCCAAGGUUGUUGAUGCAAAUGCCAAGGGCACCAAAUCCAUGUCUGUCAUUGCAGGGUCUUGUGGCUACAUUGCUCCAGAAUAUGCUUACACACUUCGGGUGAAUGAGAAGAGUGAUAUAUACAGUUUCGGUGUCGUAAUUCUUGAAUUAGUGACUGGAAAGCUUCCUGUAGAUCCCGAGUUUGGGGAGAAGGAUUUGGUGAAAUGGGUGUGCACCUUAUUGGACCAGAAGGGCAUAGACCAUGUGAUCGACCCAAAACUGGAUUCUUGUUUCAAGGAUGAAAUAUGCAGAGUCCUGAAUGUAGGCCUCCUCUGCACCAGCCCGUUGCCCAUUAACCGCCCUUCCAUGAGACGGGUAGUCAAGAUGUUGCAGGAGAUAGGCAACGGGAACCAGCCGAAAACCGCUGGAAAAGAUGGCAAACUCACGCCUUAUUACUACGAAGAUGCCUCAGAUCAUGGAAGCAUAGCCUGACUGAUUUUGUGCAAUUUUUAUGACUGGGAAGAACUAGAAAGAAGAGAGACUCAGCUCUUCUUGUUCAUCCGCUUAACUCCUCAAAAUUUUCACACCUGUACCUGUUUGAGAUCUCUUGCAUGGCCGCCAGAAAAGCUGGUGAAUGUAAGUGAAAAGGGAUCAUUAGUUAGUGAGGAGUUGAUGAUACUCUCUGCCAGUUAGUUGUAAAUGAAUCAACCACCAAGUUUGGAAGUAUUUUGCAUUUAUUCCUUGUGUUAAAUUUGCAACCUAAAUCUUCUUGCAUCCAUCCGGGGAAUCAUACGGUCUGCAGCUCUUCUGAAGUUGGUGGGUGGAAUUAUAAAUUUGGUGCCUUAAAUGGUAAAUACUAGACAGUAGACACUCUACUCUGAAAACUACUUGAAGAUGGGAACCUGGCAACUAUAUCUCUGCCGUGAUUGUUAAUUUUUCUCCUUAUCUUCAGAUUAUAUUAAAUGUCUCUGUAGUACUGAGUGCUGAUGCAUUGAAUUAUGAAUCAUUUUGGUUAGGAAAAAGUAGUUUAUUUUAGUCGUUUUCGAAUUGAAAUCUCUGUAUUUAUUUCAAACUGGUCCGGACAAGUCUGCCUGAAGUGAAGGCGUGCUCGGGACUCGGGUAGCUUUAAAGUUUUCAGUUGCUCGAAAUUUCUACCAUCCUCCCUUCCCAUUUAAUUAAUUUGAAUGCUCAUAAAUGCAAAGAAUUCAAUUUUCA